AAUUUCUGGGUUCCCUUUCACUCAAGAUUGCUCAUUCUCCUUGCACCACGAACCCUCGCCGUAACACCCAGAUGAUGAACGCUUGCUGUUGUUUGCUUCCUCGCCGGCGCCUCCGUCCCCGCCGCCACUGAGGAUUACGACCACCAUCCUGUCUCCUUUUCUGACAGUGAAGAACGGCAAGCAAGUCUAUUGGAAGGUUGCUGGCACUUGGUGAUUGUAUCUCUGAAUUCGAUUCCCUUCUUGUUCGGUGCAGCUAUCUGAAAAUUAUUGAUGUUGUUACGUCUACGGAAAUAGUUCUGCAUCAAUGUUUGAAGGUCUGGUUCAUCAGUUGCUUCUGGGUUACCUAGGCCGAUAUUUCAAAGAUAUCCAGAAAGAGCAGCUGAAGAUUAGACUUGAGGAAGUACUAUUAGAGAAUGUGGAGCUGAUACUUGAAGCAUUUGAUUAUCUCCAGCUUCCAUUUGCACUAAAGCAAGGUCGAGUUGGGAGGUUAAGCAUAAAAAUUCCUUGGAAAAAGCCAUGGGAUCCUGUUAUAAUCAUUUUAGACGAUGUCUUUAUUUCUGCAUCACAGCGAGGUGAUCAAGAGUGGAGUGCUGAUGCUGUUGAAAAAAGAGAAUUUGCUAGCAAAAAGGCCAAGCUAGCAGCAGCAGAAUUGGGAAAACUAUCCAGGCGUGUGAGUGGUAGUCAUGCUGGGCAAUCUUUUAUUUCUCACGUUACUGCAAAGAUCCUUGACAGCAUUCAGGUGGACAUUCGAAAUUUUCAUAUUUUGUACAGUGAUGUGCAAAAUGAUCUGGGGCAUAUUAUGUUUGGUUUGAAGUUUUCUAACUUGACCAUGAAGCAAAAUCUCUUUGGGUCUUCAAAUGGAAUGGUGUUCGGGGCGCAAGAAAAUAAAAUUGUAGAGAUAAAAGGACUGGAAUUUUAUUCCAGUAUGUUUCAUAGUACAAUGGACUUGGUAACUAUGGACAACACGGGUUACUCCUGCUCAGCAAGCAACAUAAGAUCUGAAGGAAAUCAUUACAAUUCUAUAUUGGCACCAUGUGAUGUAACCUUAAUUCUUUCGGCUAACAGAUCACAAAAGGUUGAUGACAAUGCUCCUCAGUAUUCUCUCACUGCGGAAUUGAGUGACUUGGUUAUAUCCUUAGAUGAGGUUCAGUUACAACAAAUGUUUCUUGUCUGGGAUUAUGUCUGCACUUGUAGAUUAAGAGAAAAGUACGGCCGCUUUCGUCCCUGGCAUUGUCCUUUACCAAGAAAGUGUGAAGGUUGGCAAAUAUUUUGGUGGCAUUAUGCCCAAGAAUCUGUCCUUUCAGAUGUUCGAAAGAAACUGAAGAAAACAUCAUGGAGAUACCUUGGGGAUCGAUUAAUCUUCCGUAGGAAUUAUAUGAACUUGUACAAGACUAAGUUGGAUUUUCUCCGACAAGAGCAGCCAGUUGAUGACAAUGUUCUUCGAGAUUUGGAGAAAAUGGAGAAAGAAUCAGAUCUAGAUGAUAUUUCGAAUUAUCGAUCUGCUGCAGAAUAUGAGAUGCGGGAAUUAUUAACAAGGUGUUCUAGUUCUACUACUAGCAGUGGCAGGAUUCAGACUGAUAUUCAUACAGAUAAUCAUUGCAAUGAUGAGCACGCAGUUAAAUCUCGGGGAUGGCUGAAUUGGCUAUCUCGUGGGAUGCUUGGUGCUGGUGGAACCGAUGAUUCCAGUCAAUUUUCUGGAGUUGUGUCAUUUGAUGUUAAGGAUAUAUCAGAAGCAACUGAAUUUCAUCCUCUGGUUUCAUCCAGUGUCGAUUUUGCUACCAAGCAUGAAUUAUGCAUAUUUGCAUCAAAGAUUGAAAUUCGUCAGAUUUCUGCCACUUUAUAUAGAAAGAAGAAUUGUAACAAAAUUGCAGAAAUAAUUCUUGAAGGUGGAAUUGUUGAUUCUAAGCUACACAAAGAACAUGGAAUUAUUAUCACCAAAUUCAAGUCGGGGAAAAUUGUUAAUUCAAACAGCAACAAAGUCAUUUUACAGAUUAGAGGGACUAUAGAUGAAAGUAAUACACUGGACAUAGUUAAUCAUCUCUGCAGCGUCCAAGUAAAUUUUUCCUCUAAAGGAGAUAUGGACAUGUCAGUAAAGGGAAUGCUUCCCCAGCUUGAAGUGACAUUUGAUACAGACAUUUUAUUGAAUCUGUUGGAGUUUUAUGAUGUCUUUACAUCCUUCAGUUUUUACAACCAACGGGUGCUGUUGUCACUGAAUGGAAUUGGAAAUGACUAUACUCGGCUCCUAUCAAAAGUAGAAUAUGUUUCUUUGAACCAUAAGAAUCUAAUGUUGGAUUUUACCAUUUUUGAUAUUUCCGUUAAUUUUCCUUGGAGAAAUACAGCAUCAGAGUAUAGCAACUUGGUAAUGAAGUCAAGGUCUCUCUGCUUCAAGUCCACAAGUCUUGAGUCUUUGCCUUCAAAAGUUGAGGAACAACCUUUCACAAUGAAGAACUUUUUAAAUACAACAUCCACAUCUGGGAUUUGUUUAGGCAUCCAACUUGAAGAUUUAUAUCAAUAUUUUGAUGUUAAACUAAAUGAUUUUAAGAUUACCUUAAUGAAGUGUGACCAAUCUCAAAUGAUUACUAUUCUAGAGAAAUUUAGCUGUUCAACUUUCCUGGCAUUUUGUGUGAUCCCUGACGAGUCCAUUUUGAAUCAAAUGGAGGUUUAUGUGCUCAUAGAAUCACUUAAAGCACACUUUUCACCCUCAAUGUAUUGUGCAUUCAUAGAAUUGAUUACUCAUCUGGACACAUUGCUUGUAAGGGGUGAAUCUGAAAUCUUGAACUGUGAUUCUCGUCAUAAUGUUGUUUCUGAUGUUACAAAAGAUUCUCCAUUUGGUUUGUCGAUUAUUUCCAAACUUGGUUCUGUUGAUUUGGAAGUGGACCUUGAAAAUAGUGGAGAUAACAGCUCAGAGCUUGUGGUUUCCUUACAUGACAUGGACUUACGGUAUUCUUCUGCAGAAUUCCAAGAGGUUUUUGUCAGUAUAAAGUCUUUAAUGAUCUGUGCUCAUAAAAUAAAAGAAGAAAAAGACUGCCAUUUUGUGCUUUUAUCGGGGUCUUCACCAUCUUCUGGCGUUGCAGUAGGAGAAGAGUCGCUUCCUGGACCAAGUAUUGAAUUUGAUCAAUAUUCAGAUGGCGCUAUGUUGGCUGAUGGAUGUUUUGAAAUGCAUUAUGAAUCUCCUAGAAGUGACAUAGUAUGUCACAAGUUUUUUAUAUACCUGAAUAACGCUGAUAUCCACUGCUACCCUCAUAUUUCUGGACUGCUUAUUGGGUUCUUUCAUAGGAUAUCUGCAUAUAAUACUAUGUUUGAGAAAUCCUCUGAAAGUAAAACUGCUGAUAUUUCAGAAAGUUUCUUGAGCUUUGGUUUGCAAAAGUUUGGAUUCUCUAAUUAUUUUGAUUUUGGUUCCUCUGAUUCUGCAUGCAUUCCAUUUGAUCGCUUUCCGUUUGUGACGAUUUACAAUCAUGGUUCUCUUGGUAGUCUGGAGAGCUCACUCGUGUAUGCCAUUCCAGACUGGAGGAAAUAUUUUACUCUGAGAGAAAGAAAAAUAAGAAGUUCCAAAUUUAAUAUGAGAAGUGGGUCCAAAAUUUUCCAAUCUUCUCCCUCAAAAUGUAAAUCUGGUUUUGAAUGUGAAUCAGGGAUUGAGAGAACCUCUAAUGUUUUUUCCAUUGAGUUGCAUCUGUAUGGAAUAAGAGUACAUUUUCAUGACUCAUCAUGCAUUAUUGGAACAAUCAUGGUGCCUACAUCUAAAACUUCUCUAUUAUUGUGUGAAGACAAUAUAGAUAUAUUGUCUUCUUCUGAAGGAUUGGUUCUUACAUCAUCAUGGGGGCCUCGGAAUUUUCAAGAUUAUCUAUGGGGUCCCUCCUCAGAAAAUUUAUCUCCUAUUUUAAAUGUAAGGGUUAGGAAACCACAGGACAAAUCUUCAGCUGUCGAUUUGGAAAUAAGCAUCGGCGUUCAGCAUGUGUACUGCAUGUUACCCUCUGAGUAUCUGUCCAUCAUCAUUGGCUACUUUUCAUUAUCUGAUUGGGCUGGUGAUUCAAGUGGCCAGUCUUCUUUUGAAGAGCCAAAAAUUGAAACGGGCAUUACAUAUAAAUUUGAAAUCUUAGACUCUGUUCUUAUUUUGCCAGUGGAAAGUAAUGAAUAUCAGUUUCUAAAGGUUGAAAUACCCCAGCUUUAUUGUAGUUUUGUCGAGAAUUUGGGUUUUGAUGAUGCAAUGAAGGACAUUCCUACCAAGUGUUUUGUUCCUAUUCAAAAGCUUGCCAAAAGAAAUAGUUGUUUGAAUGUUUUUGGGCGGGACUUGUUUGUAUCAUUCCUUUUAUACAAGAAUGAUAUGCUGGGCUUGGCAACAAUUGAAAAUGCGGAAUUUAUUUCAACUUCUCUAAUUGCACCCAUAAAUGCUGAUGUUUGGGUCAGAAUUCCAUGCAGAGGUGUAACUAAUUGCAAAAACUAUUCUCCGUCUAUAUGUUUCAUGACAAGCAUCAGAAGUUGUCAACUUAUUGCUGAAGAUAGCCACUGUCUUGAUGGAUGUUUGGCCAUACGGGAUGUUAUUGAGGAAUUCUCCACAAUUGGCGAUCAAUCCAAAUGUUUCAAAUCAGAUGUUUUGCAGUUCCUUCAUUCAAAGAGAAGCCUAAUGGAAACUGGAGUCAAUAAUCCGACUCCGAUGACCUCAACCAUUGUGUUGACUGAAGUUAAAUGUUGCACCGAAUCUUUAUUGAUAAGCUGCUGUCAUAGACAUGGUGAUUUUGUGAAAUUAAUAUCCAAGGGUGAUUUGCGUUUUACUUGUGCUGCAUCCUUAAUAGAUGAUUCAUUGGAAUGGUUAGAGUUGGGUUUCUCCUCCUUGGCAUUUUACUCCUCACACAAUUCAGUCCUAGCAAAAUGCACCUCAACUCCCAUCUCCACGGUAGUACUUGGCAUAUGUUUAUCUAAAUCUGUUGACUUUAAGAAUGAACUCAGCUUUCAUCUUCCAUCUCUUGAUAUUUGGCUGUAUUUGUCCGAGUGGACUGAGGUUUUUAAGUUUCUCAAUGAUUUAAGUGUACAUUUGGAAGAAACUCCUAUAGAUGUUGCGUCUAUGAGUUUGCCGGUCAAUGCUGCUAAUUCUGUGAAAAAAGCAGCAGUUAAAGAUGCUUCUUGUUCCCUUGAUUCUGAAGGCGCGUCGGCACCUUUUGCAACACAAGAAAUUGAGAAUGUUGUCUUAAUGACUAUUCGGUCAAAAAACGCUUGUGUUAAAUUUUACAUCCCUGUCUCGGCUAGUGAAGAACCAUGUGUCGAAUUUCAGAUUGCUGAAAGUCUCGAGGUGACACCUUUACGUGUAUCUUCUGAUGUUAUUGAAGAAAAAGACACGAAAUUUCUUACUGUUUCUUUCAAUGUGAAUGAUUUUGAUUUAGUUAUGAGAAGCAGGGAUAUCCAUCUGAAGUCCAAUAUGGAAAAAUUGAGCUGUGUUAUAAUAAUUGUUGAGAAUGGAAGGCAUACAUCUUGGCCACUGCUUGAUAUAAUUCAGGUUCAUAUGGACACUGUCCUCUGUAAAAAUCAGACAAACACCAUAGAACUCAAAGUGGAGAUUUUAUGUGAUCAUGCAGAUGUAUGGCUCUCGCAUCCUACACUCCUAUUGUUGGGUGCUGUGAAAUUUGACGUCCCCAAAUCAGGAUCUUCUCAAUAUUCAACUAGUGACAUUACUUUUAAAUUCCAGAUGAGAAAGGUUUCUAUUCUCCUAACAGAUGGAAAGUGGAGCUAUAAUGGGCCUCAGUUGGAGAUUCUCGUCAGAACCAUCCUCUUUCAUGCAAUUGCAAUUGGAAAGCACGUGGACUGUUCUAUCACUGGCGAUCUUCAAGUAAACUACAAAAAUAUUGAAAAGGUGUCAUGGGAGCCUUUUAUUGAGCCUUGGCAGUUUCUAUUGACAUUAGUUAGGGAUCAAGAAAUGAAUGUUCUUCCGAACAGGCCCGUUUCAACUGAUAUUGUUCUCGGUUCAAGAACUCAGCUAAACAUUAAUAUUACAGAAUCCUUGGUUGAGCUUUGUUACUUGCAGUGUGUUUCACAUGCUAUUGAAAUUUUGAAUGAUGCCUGGGGUCUGAAAGGAUCAAAAGAUCAUGAAGGCAAAGAACUUUCACACUCAUCAUGUCCUCAGAAUAUGUCUUCUAAAAGAUGUGCUGCUCCUUACGUUCUACAAAACUUAACAUCCGUGCCUCUUCUAUAUCACAUAUAUCAUGGGUCCUCGAAUCCUGAUGAAAUUUUUGAAUCUGAUGAGAAUCCUGCAAAUUAUGUGCAACCAGGUUCUGCAAUUUCAGUUUACAUGGAUGAAAAUGAUGAACAGAGACUCCCACAUUACAGGCAUUCUAAUUCUUCUGAUAGUCUAAAUGAGCAAAGGUCAAGCGGUUUUACUCAUCAUUAUAUUACUGUGCAACUUGACGGGGCAUCUAUGCCAUCAGAUCCAAUUUCCAUGGAUUUAGUGGGACUAACAUGCUUUGAGGUUAAUUUCUCGAAGACCUAUGAUCAGAAUGGCCAAGGUGGCAGAAUGAAUAGCGGUGCUACUUUUGUUGUUCCAGUUGUUUUUGAUGUUUCUAUGCUGCGCUAUAGCAAGUUAAUUCGAAUAUAUUCCACUGUUGUCCUUCUAAAUGCAACAUCUACACCUCUUGAGCUGCGGUUUGAUAUUCCAUUUGGUGUCUCACCAACGAUAUUAGAUCCAAUACACCCUGGGCAACAGUUACCACUUCCACUGCAUUUGGCUGAAGCUGGUUGUGUAAGGUGGCGGCCAACAGGGAAUUCUUAUUUAUGGAGUGAAGCUCAUAACCUUUCAAAUCUUCUCUCUAUAACUGGAGAUGUAGGAAGUCUUAAAUCUUUCAUGUGCUAUCCAUCUCUUCCAAGUAGUCAUCCAUUUCGGUGCUGUAUGUCAGUUAAAAGUGUCAGCUUGAGUUCGUCUGGAAGGUUGAAAAAUAAUGUGUCCACAGAUGAUGCAAAGCGUUAUAUUCAUCAUUUGAUCCUAAGUCCUCCAUUAGUAGUUUACAACUACCUUCCAGAGGAAAUGUUGUUGAUUAGUGAGAGUGGUGGGGUAGAUCACACUCUGAAAGUUUCGGAGGUGGAUACUUCUGUGUAUCAUAUCGAUCCCUCACAUGACCUGGGACUGAAGAUCUGCAUCGAUGGAUUUAAAUGUUCUGAUUUUAAAUUUCCGCGUUUAGAAACAUUCUGCUCAAUGGCCAAGUUUAGUGAAACCAAGUUUUCAUUUUCUGAAACACUGAUACUGGAACCAAUUAAUUCCAAUGGCCCUGUUUAUGUUACCGUGGAGAAGGUGAUGGAUGCAUAUUCCGGCAGUAGGGAACUGAUUAUAUUUGUUCCCUUUAUUUUGUAUAACUGUAUGGGUUUUCCCUUGUGUGUAACGGAAACCACUGGUGAAGCCAAUGAGAGGGGGUUUGUCAUUCCUUCUUAUGAUGACUUGGGUGAAAAAGAAACAUUUUCAUACAAAAAGGAUGGCCUUUCUCUUCUUAUUUCCAACCAUGAACUGCGUGCUGAUGUUCCUUGUACCCCAAUGAAUCAUCUAAAGAAUCAUACCAUUUCAUGCAGAGAGGAUGGUGGUCCAAACUUUGUUAGUUAUAAAAGGAACUCUCUGCUCUUUGGUAAUUACCAUGAAAAUUUGGGAAGGCAACAAAGCAAAAGUGAUUCUGUAGAAAGAUUGGCGAGUACAAUGAGGUCAAGUAGCCAGUCAACUUGGAAGGAUUCAGGUCCUUGUAAUAAUGAGCCUGAAAGGGUUUGGCCAUGCAUGUAUUCUCCAAGCCCCAAUUCCUCUGUAAAUGAUGUUUUUGUUAAAGUGAGUAGAUGUUUUCCAGAUGAUGUCAGGAAACAAUUGCCAUAUUCUUUGUGGUCAAAUCCAUUUUAUCUGCUGCCACCUAGUGGUUCAAGUACUAUCUAUGUUCCUCAGUUGAGUUCAAAUUCUGCAUUCAUUCUAGCUGUGACAUCUAGCUCAGUCGCUGAAUAUGCUGGGAGGACACAUGCAAUUACUUUCCAGCCUAGAUAUGUGAUUAGCAAUGCUUGCAGCAAGGAAAUAUCUUAUAAGCAGAAGGGCACUGAUAUCAUGUUUUAUUUAGGAGUAGGAGAACAUGCUCAUCUUCACUGGACAGAUACGGCUAGGGAGCUGCUUGUUUCAAUUUGUUAUAACGAAUCUGGAUGGCAAUGGUCUGGCAGCUUUUUACCGGAUCAUCUGGGAGAUACACUACUGAAAAUGAGGAACUUUGUUUCUGGGACUUCAAACAUGAUACGAGUUGAAGUGCAAAAUGCUGACAUAUCAAUGGGAGAUGAAAAAGUAAUUGGAAGCAUCAAGGGAAACUCAGGGACCAACUUGAUUCUUUUGUCAGAUGAUGGUACAGGAUAUAUGCCGUACAGAAUUGAUAAUUUCUCGAAGGAGAGACUGCGAAUAUAUCAGCAGAAGUGUGAAAUGUUUGACGCAGUCAUUCACAGCUAUUCUUCUUACCCUUACACCUGGGAUGAACCCUGCUAUCCACGCCGUCUUAUUGUGGAGGUACCUGGAGAGCGGGUUUUGGGGUCGUAUGCCCUUGAUGAUGUUAAAGAGUAUAUGCCUGUCCACUUGCCAUCAACCUCUGAGAAACCUGAGAGGACAUUCUUUUUAUCAGUCCAUGCAGAGGGAGCAACAAAGGUCCUUAGUGUUCUUGAUUCAAAUUACCAUAUUUUUAAUGAUGUGAAGAAUUCAAGUGUCCAACAUGCCGCAGAGAAAAGGGUAUAUGAUCAUAGCCAAGUCAGGCCUGCAGAAUAUAAGGAGAAAAUAUCAAUUUGUAUUCAAUAUAUUGGGAUUUCUUUGAUUAAUUCAUACCCACAGGAAUUGCUUUUUGCCUGUAUUAAAGAUAUAGAAAUAAACCUCCUGCAAAGUUUGGAUCGCCAAAGGCUUUCCAUGAUGAUAUCAUUUAUACAAAUUGACAACCAGUUGCACUCUACUCCAUAUCCAGUUUUGUUGUCCUUCAAUAAUGGAUAUAGGUCCUGCCAAGUUGACAAUACAAAGUCGAGGGAUGAUGUCAUGAGAACAAGUAUUGAAAAAUUAAAUCAGAAGAGUUUCGGAAGCAGCUCUUCUAAUCCUGUGAUGUGCUUAGAAAUUUCAAAAUGGAGGAAGAAAGACAUUUCAUUUAUUUCAUUUGAAUACAUAAAAAUGAGGAUAGCAGAUUUCCAUCUUGAGAUUGAACAAGGAGUUAUAUUGAGCUUAUUUGAGUUCUUUACAAAUUUCUCUUCGGGACAGCAGUUUGGAAUCGUGCCAUCUUCCAAUCACUAUGACGGGGUAUCACUAAAGGAUUCAUUCUCAUUUGUUCAUACUAGUGAGAAUUUCAGAUUAAGUGCUGACCAGCGUCCUCUAAGAAUUGCCCCAAUGUUUACUGGAAAAUCUAAUAGAAUUGCAUCAUUGCCUUCCGUCGUACCAAUAGGAGCCCCAUGGCAGGAAAUUUAUCUGUUAGCCCGAACCAAAAAGAAAAUUUAUAUUGAAAUGCUUGAAUUGGCUCCAAUCCAAUUGACUUUGAGUUUUUCCAGUGCCCCAUGGAUGCUUCACAAUCGUAUCCUCACAUCUAAGGAAUUUCUUAUCCAUAGAGGACUUAUGGCCCUUGCUGAUGUUGAGGGAGCCCAUAUUUAUUUAAAGGAUUUAACCAUUGCACAUCACAUGGCUAGUUGGGAAUCCAUUCAGCAAAUUCUAAUUAGGCAUUACAACCGCCAACUUCUUCAUGAGACUUACAAGUUGUUUGGUUCGGCUGGUUUCAUUGGUAAUCCCUUGGGCUUUGCAAGGAGCAUAGGACAUGGCAUUAGAGAUUUCUUGUCUGUUCCUGCAAAAAGCAUUAUGCAGAGCCCUACUGGACUUAUUAUGGGGAUGGCUCAAGGCACCACUAGUCUUUUAAGCAACACACUGUAUGCUAUUAGUGAUGCGACUUCUCAAUUCAGUAAAGCUGCACGCAAGGGUAUUGUUGCAUUUACAUAUGAUGACCAAGCUGUUUCAAGGGUGGAAAAACACCAAGCAACUGUAUCUUCUGACAGUAAAGGCGUAAUUAAUGAAGUCUUAGAGGGACUCACUGGUCUCCUCCAGUCACCUAUAAGAGGAGCAGAGAGGCAUGGUCUUCCUGGUGUCCUCUCUGGAGUUGCUUUAGGGAUUACAGGACUUGUGGCAAAACCUGCUGCUAGUAUACUUGAAGUUACUGGCAAAACUGCACUUAGUAUUAGAAACCGCAGUAAACCCAAUCAAUUAAGAUCACAAUGGUUUAGGGUCCGGCUUCCGAGGCCACUUUACCGUGAAUUUCCAUUAAGACCUUAUUCAUGGGACGAAGCAGUUGGUACAUCCUUCCUUAUGGGGGGUGAUGAUGAUGGGUUAAAGUAUAAAGAUGAGAAGUUAGUGGCCUGCAAAGCCCUUAAAGAAGCUGGUAAAUUUGCUGUCUUAACAGAAAGGUUUGUAUUGAUUGUUUUCAGUCCAAGUUUGAUAUACUUGGGCAAGCCUGAAUUUUGUGGCAUCCCUGCUGAUUUGGAGUGGAUAAUUGAAUGGGAGAUUGGAUUGGAGAGUAUAAUACAUGCUGACAGUGAUGAUCAAGGUGUUUUACACAUUGUUAGUAGUGGACCAGAUUCCUCCUCAUUUAGGCAAAAUCAGCAUUCUCCCAAGAGAGGCAGUGGUAGCAGAACCAGAGCCGUGCGUUGGAACCAUUAUCCGAAUCAUCUUCCACUUCCUCAAACCAAUUUAGAACUAGCUUGUGAGGAAGAUGCAGCCAACUUGUUACAGAUUUUGUUGUCUACUAUAGAGAAAGGAAAAGGUAAAGCUUGGGACUCAGGGAGGAUCUUGCAUCGAGCUAAUUUCAAGUAGGUUGUGGUCCCUUAUGGAAGUUUCUGCACUACAAUUGGAACUAGAAUAAUGGAAAUGAUAAGCCCAUUAACAUCUUCAUAUGCAUUUGAAAGGGCUUUGUUUUCAUUACACCUAUUUCAAUGGCCUCAUUGCAGUUCCAGCUCUCAAGUAACUAACUAUAUUCUGUCCUUUGUAAAUAUGCUUGUAUCUUGUACAUUAUGUAUAUUGCUGACGCUUGUAUAGAUCGAUCCAUUGUUUGCUCC